CUGAAGAGAAGGAAGCCUUUCGCAGCGGGGCUGCGCUCUGCGGGGUUGGCCCCUCCCUCGCGGCCGACCGCCUGCGGUGUCUCCCGGGAUACGCGGGGCUGCUGCCUCCUUCCUUCUCACCGCUCAGGCAACGUGGGAGGCCCAACAGCACCAUGUCUGAACUGAAGGACUGCCCCCUUCAGUUCCAUGAUUUUAAGUCUGUGGAUCAUCUGAAGGUAUGCCCACGUUAUACAGCUGUAUUGGCCCGUUCAGAGGAUGAUGGCAUCGGCAUUGAAGAACUCGAUACCCUGCAGCUGGAGCUGGAAACACUGCUGUCUUCUGCUAGUCGUCGGCUUCGGGUGUUGGAGGCUGAGACACAGAUCCUGACAGACUGGCAAGACAAGAAAGGGGACCGGCGAUUUCUGAAGCUGGGCAAGGAACAUGAGUUGGGUGCUCCUAUCAAGCAUGGCAAACCCAAGAAGCAGAAGCUGGAAGGGAAAGGAGGCCACAGCACAGGACAGGGCCCUGGUCGACCCAAGUCCAAAAACCUGCAGCCGAAGAUCCAGGAGUAUGAAUUCCCAGAUGACCCAAUCGAUGUACCCCGUAUUCCCAAAAACGAUGCACCGAACAGGUUCUGGGCCUCAGUGGAGCCAUAUUGUGCUGACCUCACCACUGAGGAGGUGCGUACCCUGGAAGAUCUCCUUAAACCUCCAGAAGAUGAGGCCGAACACUAUAAGAUCCCACCCUUAGGGAAGCAUUACUCUCAGCGCUGGGCUCAGGAGGACAUGCUAGAGGAGCAGAAAGAUGGGGCUCGGGCUGCAGCUGCCGCUGAUAAGAAAAAAGGCAUCAUGGGGCCGCUGACAGAGUUGGACACAAAAGAUGUCGAUGCUUUGUUGAAGAAGUCAGAUUCCCAACAUGAACAGCCAGAGGAUGGUUGCCCAUUUGGGCCUCUGACCCAACGUCUCCUGCAGGCACUUGUAGAGGAGAACAUCAUCUCCCCAAUUGAAGAUUCACCCAUUCCAGAGAUGGCGGGCAAGGAUUCUGCAGGUGAUGGUGCCAGCACCUCCCCUCGCAGCCAGAACAAGCCCUUCAGCGUGCCCCACACUAAAUCUCUGGAGGGUCGCAUCAAAGAAGAGCUGAUUGCUCAAGGCCUGUUAGAGUCAGAGGACCGACCUGCAGAAGACUCAGAGGAUGAGGUGUUGGCUGAGCUGCGGAAGAGGCAAGCUGAACUCAAGGCCUUGAGCACGCACAACCGAGCCAAGAAGCUUGAGCUGUUCAGGCUGGCCAAGGAAGAGCUGCACAGGCAGGAGCUGCGGCAGCGGGUGCGGAUGGCUGACAACGAGGUCAUGGACGCCUUCCGCAAGAUCAUGGCGGCACGCCAGAAGAAGCGCACACCCACCAAGAAGGAAAAAGACCAGGCCUGGAAGAGCCUCAAGGAGCGUGAAAGCAUCCUUAAGUUGCUAGAUAGUUGACGCUGGGAUCUGAAUACAAGCCACGUUGGCCAGGCUCCUCUGUUCGAACCACAAUCUAGGCCCCCUCUGAAGAGGAGGUGCACACUACCAAUACAGACUUGCAGCAGCUCCCUCCGUUGGCUUUCUAGUGUGCUCUUUGUGCCCUCUUUGCCCAUGCUGUAGCCCAGGACCCAGACGAACCUGGGCUUUCGGCGGCAUCUCGUCACUCUUCCUGCAGGUGAUGGCUGCUGUUAUAGUGCUAUUGAGAUGGGAACUGCCUUUUGCUUAAAGGCCACAAUUUCCAUCCUAGAUUGUUUGUUGGUCCUGUUUGCUGUGAUUUGAUGUUGGGACAGGAAGUAUAAUCCUCGUUGAGUUUCUGCAUUGUAUUAGCUGUCAAGGCUGCAUAAACUGAGGGUUGUUCUUGAA